AUGUCUUCACCCGAGCCCGAGCCCCAAGCCAUCCCAGCCCUUGAUGAACUGAAAAAAAUUCUGGCCGAGGAAAAGCACUUGUACGCGUGCGGUGGUCGGAUUCCCAUUGCAACACCCACCGUUGAGAGCGAAGGCGAGGCAUCACCAUCGACUUCUUUCUCUACACGGCCGCGGCAAUCGGCUCCAGUCACGAUCCGAUGGGAUAUGAGUGGACUAUCGCAUGCCGACGACUCUCCAUGUCGUCGCAAAGUGACCCUUCCCGCUACCCAGAAAGCCGAUCGCGAUGCCCUUAGCGGUCUGAUCAAAGAUUGCCAACCAGCGACUUUUGGCUUGAAAGGCCAAGAUGUUUAUGACGAGACGUAUCGCAAGGCACUAAAGAUGAAUCCAGACGCGUUUUGCAGCACUUUCGAUCCAUACUCGACUGGAAUCAUUGACAUAGUCGCGCAAAUGCUUCUUCCGAGCUUCGGCCAUUCGACAACACGGCGAGCAGUAGAUGCGAAGCUCUACAAACUCAAUAUUUACUCUGGCCCAUCUGGCAUGUUCAAGGCUCAUGUUGACACGCCUCGUUCCCCGACACAAUUUGGGUCUCUCGUCGUUUGUCUCCCCGUGGAGCACCGGGGCGGGCAGCUUAAAGUUCGCCACCAAGGUGAAGAGACGACCUUUGAUUGGAGCAUGCUUGCCGAUCGGGACGAGACUAUGCAUAUCGAGUGGGCAGCUUUUUACAGCGACUGCGAGCACGAAGUCAUGCAUGUUUCUAGCGGAAACCGGCUCACGCUUACUUACAAUCUCUUCGCGGUUCAUGGGGCCGGGCGCUUGACGGGCAAUUCAUUGACACUGGACCCGACGCGCCUGCCGUUGUACCACGCCAUCGAGAGAAUGGUCAACCAAGACCCUUUUUCUGGAAACGGCGGCACGCUGGGCUUCUGGUGCUCCCACGCCUACGCCUACAACGACAGUCAGGAAGCGCCCCUUCCUGCGACUCUGAAGGGCGCUGAUGCAGCUAUCUGGGAAAUUCUUAAGGCACUCGGCAUCCAUGUUACGGUAUCGCCAAUCUUGAAAAUGGACGAUGACAUUCGACCUUACCUUAAAGAACGCGUUGAGGAUAACAAAUACAACGAAAAAUGGGUGCCUGCUCAGAUGCCGUCACAGUGGAUCAUUGGGAAAAAAUUCGGCAUCAUGGCAGACCGAGGAGGUUCAGUGGAAGAGACUAGAGACCAUUACAAGAUGUACAAACGUUGGGGGUCCUACAGUGACGGCCCAAUUUAUUGGCUCACGACGCCAACUCAUGCUCAGCUCCAACUCAUCUACGUAGCGUACGGCAACGAGGCCCGGGCCAAGGCCUUGUACUCACAUUGUGCCAUUCUCGCAACUCUGCCCCCAAAGGAUUCGGCCUCUACCGGAUAG